AUGGCCAUCUCACACAAAUUCGAUAUCGCUAAACAACUCUCCACCGUCGCGCAAGGCGAAGUCAAACUCAUGAUAACCCAAUGCUGCAUUCACUCGCUUUACCUGGCUGGUAAAUCCCAGCAACCAGCCGUUGACCUUGCCAAAACAUUUGAACGGCGAAAGUGUAAUCAUCGUGAUGCCAUUGACCCGGAUGAUUGUCUCAAGGAUGUUGUCGGUGAGGCGAAUAAACAUCGCUACGUGAUAGUAACGCAGUCGCAACCUCUUCGAAAUCAUCUAAGACGAAUUCCCGCAACUCCCAUAAUCCACAUCAACCGCUCAGUGAUGGUCCUCGAGCCCCCGAGCGACGCAACGCUCAGAGCUAAACUAUUGGCAGAAGAAAAGUCACUACACGCAUCAGGAUCCGAUCUCACAUUGGUCCAAGCGACGGCACCGAAGGAAGAGCCAAAGAAGAAAAAGAAGGGACCGAAAGGUCCUAACCCUCUCAGCGUCAAGAAAAAGAAGACACAACCGACACCGCCAAAGGCGAAAACAUCCGACAAUGGGAAGAAUUCUUCCAAAGGUGCUGAACUUGGUAAACGAAAACGGGAGGAAGAUGACGACCACGACGAUGUGGGAGGAGACCAUGCAGGUACUACUGACGGGGCUGGGACCACCGGCGAGGCGAAGAAGAAGCGCAAACGGCGAAGGAAAGCAAAGCAGACCUCUGAACCUGACGAUAUGGCCACGCCUGCCACCUCCGCGUAA